AUGGUGGCCCUCGGACUGGCGGAAAGGUCCUCAGAUGUGGAGAAAAUGGUUGCUAAUGUUGACGAAGAUGGUUCUGGGGAAAUCGAAUUUCACGAGUUCCUCAGCAUAGUGUUCAAAUCUUUGAUUCGUGGCGACCUCGGCGACACCGAAAACAUUGCCUUCAAGCUCCUCACGUCUGCGUAUCGACGGCAGAGAAUUAUGGAUGCAAUGAUGGGGAAGAAGGAGUCGGCUCAGCAGGUGAAUGAAUUUCUAGGAAUAGAUCAGCUUCGCAUAACUCUUUAG